CAGCUUUUGGUGUCCAUGCGGCGCCCGGUGCGCCCCGGGCCGACUCAUCCGCGGAGAUGCUGCUCAGCCUUGGCAUUGCUGCAGCGGCGUAUAUAAGCCGCGCCGGCGCCGGCCGCAGCACUCAGCCAUCCUCACUCCCUGCAGCAACAUGGAACUGAUGAUCGUACUGGCCCUCGUGAGCGCGGCGGCGGCGGGCGCGCUGCCCGGCUACGUGCCGCCGCUCGCGGGCCUCGCGUACCAACCCGCACGCGCGCGCGCCGCGCUGGACCGCAGCGCCGCCGUGCUGCGCUCGGUGUCGGACCAGAACGAGCUCGGCUACCACUGGGCGUACGACACGGAGAACGGCAUCCAGGCGGAGGAGACGGGGCGGGAAGCCAACGGCAUCCAGGCGGCGGGCGGCUACUCGUACACGGGCGACGACGGCCAGCUGUACUCGGUGCGGUACACCGCCGACGUCAACGGCUUCCAGCCCGUGGGCGCGCACCUGCCCACGCCGCCGCCCGUGCCCGAGGCCAUCGCCAAGGCUCUGCAGGAGAACGCGAGGGACGAGGCCGCCGGCAUCUUCGACGAUGGUAGUUACAGCGACGGCAAAUACGAGUCCGGCGUAUUCGCCGCCCGCGCCUACACCACGCCGCGCCAGCUCCUGGCGCCCGCGCCCGCCUUCCGCCAGCCCUACGCCUUCUAGACCCGCCACGACACCACGACACCACGACACCACUAGCUGCAUGUGUAUACAGUGCAAUGUUUAACGCAAUAAACUUAUUAUCGUUUGUAAUUA